UUUCUCUCUCUUUUCAUCUCUUUUCGUCUUACCCUUAGGGUGCUUUUUUUUCGUUCUUUUGUAAUUUCAACUUUGCAUAUUGAUUAUCUGCUGUAUGAGUAUAUAUUGCUUAAACUCUCAUACGACUCACAGUCUCUUUUCUUCGCUCCCCUACAAUAUUACCAUGAUGGGUCGCGUCGCUUUUAUAUCUCUGCGAGUCCUGCAGCUCGCCCUAUCUAUCGCGAGUAUCGGCCUGAGCUCAUAUGUUGUCCACGAUUACGACCGUAGAAGUCGAGGCUCAGCGCCUUCACCAUUUUCAUACCUCUUGACAUCGUCCAUCGUUUCCAUCGUCUCCGUCGUCUACCUCACGAUCGCUCCCCUGUUUGUCCCGCGCCUUUACCACCAAUACGCUGGCGUUGUCGUCGAAGCCGUCAAUGCCGCUCUUUACUUCGCUGGUUUCAUCGCGAUUGCCGUCUUUAUCGGAUCUCUCAUCAUGUGCGAGGGCACUGUCUGCUCGUGCGCCCGCGCCGACGCCGUUGUUGCUGCUGGCCAGUUCACAGCGUGGAUCACGACAACAGCUUUUACAGCCAAAGAGCUGUUCCAAAGAACUUUCCAGGAACCUAAGAAGGACAUCGACAGCCGAGAAAUGGGACAGGCAUAAAUGAGCACGAUGGGCGCCUUUAGAAAAGGCACAAAUUAUACAUGCCCCAAUGAUGAAAUAAAUCUCGAGUACAGGAAAGGAUGGGAAUAGAGAAGGGCAGUUUUUUUUUUUUUACGACAGGCGUUUAGGCAUAUAUAUAUAUUUUUUUUUUUGGAAAGGGAUACUGGCAGUGCCUCUAUCGAUCAAGCGGCCUGGCCAUGCUGUUAAAGGAGUAUAUCGACGUGGAUACCCAACCUCCUGUCUGAGAUGGGAGCAUAUUAUAUUAUAUACUGAGGGUAAUUGGACACUCAGCGUUCUUUUUCUCUAUCAUUUAAUAAUCAGUCAGCUUGAACCAUAGCUAGAUCGAAUUAUUUGAACUCAACCCAGAAGAAAAGUUGAGCCGGACUGGUUUUCUGGUUCAUUC